CACACAAUCUGCCUUUCUGUUUCACCAGCUUCUCUCUUCCCAUUCUGCGCGAGAAUAACCGAAAUGUUUUCUCAGACAACGUAUAUUGUGUGACGGAUGGCUCUUCACAAUGACAACGAGCUGAAAUAACAAGGAGUGAUAUUGGUUUUUAGGGUCCUGGCAGUUGGACAUAAAAAUAAUAGAGAGGGAGAGAGAGAAAUAGAGAGAGAGAAAAGAGAAAAAGACAUUAUUUGACACAGAUGGUUCAGGCCUAUCCAGUUUCAGGUAAGAAGGGAGCUGAUUUGCCGCCAGAAGCAUCACUGAGAAACAGUCACUUGUUUAGCAAAGUCCUGCCGUUUUCCAGAGGCGAAUCAGGUGAAUUUAGUGUUUAAAUCCUCGGGACAUGUAGGAAGUGUCUGGAAGUUUUUGUAAACUGCUGUAAGUGUAAAAAAGUCAAGAAUUAAGGAAGAGAGAUGUCGAAAAAUAUUGCUAAAGGGGAACCCACUCCGUUGGGGAAAUGUUAGCAGUCAAUGCACCAAUUUAGGCAAAACAUUUGACAGUUCUCGGACAGGGGCGUUUUUUUGAAGUUCUGUUUUACAAUCUCCAUGGCUUGGAUUCUUCUUUUACUAAUUUUAGCUGCUACGAUGUAACGGAUAUGUUAUAGCGGAUUAAGAACAACUGUUAAAAAGAGGUCUAUGGAAAUGCAGGAUCUAGCUAGUCCACACAGUCGAGUAAGUGGAAGCAGUGAGUCCCCUAACUGUCCCAGCAUCGACAACUCGCAUAUAAAUAACAAUUCCAUGACACCUAAUGGCACUGAAGGUGAUAACAUCACUAUGCUUACCACAGCUGACUGGUUGUUAAGUUCUAGUUCACAGUCCGCUGCAGUUAAAACAGAGCCAAUGAGCAGCAGUGAAAUCGCCACCUCUGUAGCAGACGGCUCUCUAGACGGUUUCUCAGGAUCAGCCAUUGGAACCAGUGGCUUCAGCCCAAGACAAACUCACCAGUUCUCUCCCCAGAUUUACCCUUCCAACAGACCUUAUCCACACAUUCUUCCAACUCCUUCCGCCCAAAAUAUGGCCGCAUACGGACAGACGCAAUACACCACAGGAAUGCAGCAGGCUGCUGCCUAUGGCACAUACCCCCAGCCAGGCCAGCCCUAUGGAAUUCCAGCCUAUGGUCCAUUGUGGGCAGGAAUCAAGACAGAGGGUGGACUAACCCAGGCCCAGUCUCCAGGCCAGAGCGGCUUCCUCAGCUACAGUUCCAGUUUCUCCACGCCUCAGACGGGACAAGCACCUUACAGUUACCAGAUGCAAGGAGGCAGUUUUACAACAACUUCAGGGCUGUAUGCAGGAAGCAAUUCCCUCACAAACUCAACUGGAUUCAAUAGCACACAACAGGAAUACCCCUCCUACCCAGCCUUUGGGCAGAGUCAGUAUGCGCAGUAUUACAACAGUAGCCCCUACACCUCUCCCUACAUGACCAGUAAUAACACCAGCCCCACCACACCCUCCACCACUGCCACCUACACCCUACAGGAGCCUCCAUCAGGGAUUACCAGCCAGGCCCUCUCAGAGCAGCCUGCGGGAGAGUACAGUACAAUCCACAGUCCAUCAACCCCCAUUAAAGAUUCAGAUUCAGAUCGAUUGCGUCGGGCCGCGGAUGGAAAGUCACGUGGCAGGGGAAGAAGGAACAACAACCCAUCCCCACCUCCUGACUCUGACCUUGAGCGUGUGUUCAUUUGGGACUUGGAUGAAACAAUCAUCGUUUUCCAUUCCUUGCUCACAGGAUCUUACGCCAACAGAUUCGGCAGGGAUCCACCAACGUCAGUGUCAUUGGGACUAAGAAUGGAAGAGAUGAUCUUCAACUUGGCCGACACACAUUUCUUCUUCAAUGACUUGGAGGAGUGUGAUCAGGUUCAUAUCGAUGAUGUGUCAUCAGAUGACAACGGCCAGGAUCUAAGUACGUAUAAUUUUAGCACAGAUGGAUUUCAUGCUGCUGCCACUAGUGCCAACCUGUGCCUGGCCACUGGCGUAAGAGGAGGUGUGGACUGGAUGAGAAAGCUUGCAUUCCGCUACAGACGAGUAAAAGAAAUUUACACCACCUAUAAAAAUAACGUUGGAGGUCUGCUUGGCCCGGCCAAAAGGGAAGCCUGGUUGCAAUUGCGAGCAGAAAUUGAAGCCUUGACGGACUCCUGGUUAACACUGGCACUGAAAGCACUAACAUUAAUCCACUCAAGGUCAAACUGUGUGAACAUCUUAGUGACCACAACACAGCUUAUACCUGCCCUUGCCAAGGUCCUCCUCUAUGGCCUGGGAGUAGUAUUUCCAAUUGAAAACAUUUAUAGCGCCACAAAAAUAGGAAAAGAGAGCUGCUUCGAGAGAGUAAUUCAGAGGUUUGGGAGGAAAGUUGUUUAUGUGGUGGUGGGGGAUGGCGUGGAGGAGGAGCAAGGCUCGAAAAAGCACAACAUGCCUUUCUGGAGGAUCUCUAGUCACUCUGACCUCAUGGCCCUGCACCACGCUCUGGACCUGGAGUACUUGUAGCACUAUGACAGCCAUACCUUCCCAGCACCACUUCGGUGCUAUCGCCCGGCCUGUGCGCAGGCCCUGCAGAUCCACACCCCACACCAUCAUCAGCAUCGCCAGCCCGCUGUGUCGCCCAAGUGUCUGCGUUCCAGUAGUACCAGACCCCCCAAAUAAUGUAAUAUAACAUAGAGAGAGCAAAACCUAAGCGACACACUCUGCGUGUUGACAUAUGGCUGCAAUUCGUCUUAACCCUAAAGCUUUUCCAAGUGGAGGAGAGUGAAUUUAUGGCACUGCAGCUGCUGGCCCUGGUUACUGUGAAUUGGCUUUUUUUCUAAAGCCAUCAAAAUGUUUUACAGCCCUGUCUGUGCGGGGGACUCGGCAAGGGUUCACACCUGUGACAAAAACUGAGCUACCGAUGCCUUUGGAACUUAGCGGGAGUCCGAUCCCUCUGUGACGUGGUGUAAUCUUUCUCUCUGUUUUGUGUCUUUAUGUCUCCAUCUGUCUCAACCAAUGGUACAAAGACAGUAGGGCAUGGCCCCCCUCGUUUUUCACGUUCCGCCAGCCCUGGUUUGAUAACCAUUGCCCUGGAUGUCCUGCGCUUCUUAUUUAUAAUCUGAGACUUUGUGGAGUGGCACUGGCCUAAAAAAGCACCCGAUUUGAGUGACUUGUGCCUUUUCACAUGACAAAGUACUUUGAUUCCACUACACCAAUAAGUUUUAAUGGAGGAAAAUUGAUUUUCUGGUAAUUUAAGGAAAAAUGUUAUUUACAUUGCGGAGACAAUCGUGUACAGAAGACUUUUUUUUGUGUGUAUAAAUUUGUAAUCACUGGACUAUUCCUUCCUAUAUUGAUUAAGGUACAUGCUGUGGAAAGGUGGCGAUGUUUUUUUCUUUUUCAAGGAAGUACAUAAAGGCAUUAGCACACAGUAGCUUCUGCAAAGCCUGAAAGUGUUGAUGUGUUCAUGGUUUCAUUCAAUAAAUAAAUGUAGAUAAGGGAUUUUUUUGUGAUAAUUGUUUUGUCAUGACCAAAAGCAUGGAUGUCAAGUGUCAAUACUUUCUUAUUUUCUUCAGUGAUGUUUGUUAUUCUCCUUUGUACCAUUUCCCUUCUCAAAGUCAUUGAGAGAUUGUGUCCGAAUAGAGACAAGAGA